UGUUCGUAGACGCGUCGUCCUAGAUCAGUCACCUUUGCUGAGUUCAGGUCAAGAUUUAUUGAUCGACUUGAUCAAAAUCAAAACAAAUACCCGUCCAUGGGCUCGUCAUAAGUGUACAUGGAUGCUUCAUUUAGGCCAAGUGUACAUUUUAUGUUUUGAGCACAGAACUCUACACCCACGAAAGGAAACAUCUCAUCCAUCAUGGCAGAGUCUUAUGUAACCGCUCGCUCAUUAGUCGAUCUUCCACCCAAUCACAGCAUCGUCAUCCGAGCAUGCGCAGAACAGCUCAAAGGGACACUUGGUCUCCAACGGUACACGAACACCAUCUUAGACGUUGCUAGGUACAUUUACAUCGCAACACUAGCCCUUGCUAAGGACACCUGGAUGCUGACCAAAGCUCGAGAGGCACUCUUUCAAGUUUUAAAUAUGUGCAAUACGUCAUUGGUUUUGGUGCAACAAAUGCAAAGAGGGGUGGUGGAGAAUUUAAAAUCUGGAAACGUUGUCCUUUUCGAUGGUGACCCGGAAGGGAUACGGGCGGUGAUAGAGGGAGUGGAAACUGGCAUGUAUGACCUGAAUGGGGCUAUCGUGAACACAAGGAACGGCUUCCACAAUCUCCUCAGGAAGAUUGAGAGCCUGCAGGAGGUGAACCUUAGUCCUGAGUUACUCAAGGUUGAGAAAGAGCUGGAGGGCGCUGCUGUACGUGAAGGAGAGGAGGAGGAGGAGUCCGGCAGUGGGGAAGAGAUUGAUGAUGACACUAGUGUGAUCUGGUCGCCGAGAGAGAAUACCCUCCAAGUUGAGGAAAUGUUCGACAGCCCCUGGAGCUGGGAGAUCAAGCUUCCGCGCCGAUACUCCAACUGUCUCAUUCCCUCUGUCAUCGUCACCUUCUUCCUCGUGGCCCUGCUCAUGAUCAACCAGUACCUCAGUGUCUGGGGGAUGGUCGCAGGGACCUACCCUCCUUUGAUCUACUUGGUCCUCAUUUUGCAUCUUGGACAAAUGACAGUCGUCAUCUUGGCAAUUAGAAAGAUGUCGCAGGUGGAUCACAAACUCGAGGUGGGGAACUACAGAUAUUUUCUCCCAUACGCUCCUCUCGCCGUCUUCUUUGUUUUCGCAGGGAUUGUUGUCAUCAUCUAUGAACUCUCAGAGCUGAAGAACAAACCCGAUGACAAAGCCUUCAUUGUUGUGCUCGCUAUGCCGCUGCUGGUCAUUCAAAUGUUGCUGUUCGUCGUAGUUGGUUUCUGGAGCUACUGGGGUUACAGGCGUAAAGGAGAUCAUGUCCCGUCAUUGGACUGGGACCCGAUGGUAGGAGAGAUUGAGGAUGAUCGCGAAGGAGGUGGUGUCCUAGGGACGAAAGGGAGGUCGGUAGAACUAGUUGAAGGUUUAGUUGGAGAAAGUGGCGCUGGAGAAAAAGGUCAUCUGCAGUUGUUGGAAGAGAGACGCCUCUAUUUGGCACUCAGUUUGGCUGUCCUACACGAGGCUGUUGACCGCGUCGGUGAUUCGUUUUCUUCAUUAGAAGGGCUGAUGCCUGCAGCGGAAAGCUGGGUAGUAGCAUGCAUCAGUGUUUUUGGGGAAACCAAGGAGACGGCAGCAGGCGCGAGUGUUACCAUGGAGAAGGAACCAAGUGCGAUAACCAUAUCAGAAGAAUACAAGAAGGCCAUCGACGAGUAUUACUGUAGGUGGCGCGCUCUGGAGGUGUACGGAGAAACCGUCCGCCGUGCACUGGUCUCGGCACAAGAAACGAUCGAACAGUACUACGAUGCCGACCCUCACCCAAACGAGGCCCUCCUGCAGGCAAUUGACCUCGCUGCAGCAGAAGAGGCCGUCCCGGCAAUACAGGAAGUCGUCAAGAGUCAAGAGCAGCAACAACUCUGACUCUUCUCUUGCUUUAUGACGCAGCAAAUUGAAGAAUUUCCCGAGAAUGAAAAUAAACAUCAUUCCCUGUAAAUGCUUUCAAGCGUAACUGUCCCCAGAUGUGGGAAUACUGUCAACUGCGGCCGAGAACAUCGCCAAAAACAAUCGCUGCCGAAGUAUUUCUCUGCUGAAAAGCGAGAACCGCUGUAACAUUUCUGAGUUUCUUCUCUGCCUCAUUGUUUUGGAACACCACGGAUCAUAUCUCUGGGAACAGGCCUACUUGGUACAGCUUGUCACGUUUUUCCUCUGUUCCCCUUUGGAAAAGUUCUCUAGAUCUUAGCAGUCUUUUGUACGGGAAGCCUGGGUACUGAGAAACAACCAGAAGCGCUACAACGGUAUGGUUGUAUGUAUUACUCAAAUGGUUUGUAAUAA